CGGCAGCUCCAGCCCCUCGGAGGGGCGGGGAGGCGAAAGGGGGUGGUGCAGGAGCCAGAAAAGCCUGAGCCACAGCCGGCCAGCCCUGUGCACGGAUGGGCAGAGCGCUCUGAAAGUUCGUGACCGGUGCAGCCAACUAACUCUUAGCCGGGACGCGAAGUUCAGGCAGCCGCAGGACUCGAAAGCUGUACCCGGUCCCAGUGCCCCUUCGAGAUUACAAGCGGCCACCCUCCAGGCCCGGUGCUCCCGCGCCUGACCAGGGUUCAUGGAGCCAGGGCUGUGGCUCCUUCUCGGGCUCACAGUGACCUCCGCUGCAGGAUUUGUGCCUUGCCCCCAGCCUGGGGGCCCUGGCAGAACCAGUGUGUCCCAGGCCCCCCCUGAAGCUGGAUCAGAGGGGGACAGUGAAGAGACUCUGGCUAUCCCUGGUGAGAGGACUGUGACCCCAGCAGCUGCACAGCCUGCAAAUCCUGGAAGUCCUGGGCAGAAACAGGGACCAGGCAGGUCUGGGGAGCAGAAGGGUCAAGGGGUCCCUGCACACCACCGCCCUCGGCGCUGCACGUGUUUCACUUACAAGGACAAGGAGUGUGUCUACUACUGCCACCUGGACAUCAUCUGGAUCAACACUCCCGAACAGACUGUGCCCUAUGGACUGUCCAACUACAGAGGAAGCCUUCGGGGAAAAAGGUCCUCGGGACCAUUUCCGGAAAACUCCCAGCCUUCUCCACAGACUCGCCUGCGCUGCGCUUGUAUGGGGACAGACGACAAGGCCUGUGAGCGCUUCUGUGCACACACCACAGACGUCAACAGUGAUUCCCGGAGAGCAGGAAGACCAGCUGCAGAAGAGAAGGGGGAGACCAGAAGCCCGCGUCAGAGGUUGAAGUCAAGGACAGACAAAGCCCGCCGGCCGUAGCAGACUGUUACCAAUGCUUCUUGCUUCCUGCAGCAGAUAUCACCCUCGCUCUCCCUGCCUGCCAACUGCCUUUCAGGAAAGAGCUAUUGUACUUACACAGUUCAAAUUUCCUCUUUAGGGACAAGGGGAGAAUUGGCCUGGGAGGGGGGAGAGAGAAAGAAAAACCCUUCCAGAGAACCUCCGCGUACCAGUACUCCCCACCCCAAGAAUGUCCAAGCCCAAAGGACCCCAGCUCCCCUAAUGGGGAAAAUGAUCCCAGAUGUGCCCCGGGGGCCAGAUGCCUGUGGCUCCAGUUUCACAAGGAAGCCGUUUGGGAAGUAUGUUAAGUCAGAAAGCUACUCACUGGCUUUUGACAUGACUCCUCUUGGAGAGUAAGUGGAUACCAGGCUGGGUCGUCACAGAAGUAAAGCUGCAUCCAUCGCCUACAAGUUGCAGGACACCUGUGGUGGGAGCAGCCUUGCCUCUGCAGCCUGCCAGGCCUGUGGGAGUUUGAGGCUGCAAGGCAUCUGUCUGUCUGAGCCCUGGGUCCUAGCUGCGCUGUAGUCUGUGAAUCUUCAGCUCACCGGACUUAAUAAAUGUCCAGUUGUGCCUGGUUCUCAGCAGAAGAAGUCUCAAACACAGGAGGAAAGGGAGACAAGAGACCUUGGCGUCUGUGAGACAGAAAGGAGGAAACCCAUUCUUGGUGGUUUCGAACUCCGGGACACUCAGAAAAGAGCUGUGGGUUCCGAGGACGGCCUCUCUGUCAGAGUUCCCAUGCCUGCCGAGAGUCCAGCCAAAGGCUAUUAGGCUGAAUAUCUGCUUUCACGAAUAAAUGUGUUUCUUUAGGGAGUGGCUUCAAAAUAAGCCGAAAACACAAACUCUUUGUACAUUAUGUAAAUUCCUGUUUAUAUAAUUGUCAACAACUGGGAAUUGUAACUCCUGAUGGUUCAAAAUCUUUUAGCUGAACUCUGUCUGCUAUGUUCACAGUAAGUGUGUGUGUGUGUGUGUGUGUGUGUGUGUGUGUGUGUGUCUGUUGGAGGGUGGACUGUGGGUUCCCAUGUAAACUCUGCUAUGUGGGCCCAGCUGGGGACAGUCUGCCCACCUCCCCAGCAGGCCCCACAGCAAUGAGAACCUGUCUUUGGGUAUGUGCCAAGGGCACCAUGUGGAGACACUUUAGCUGGUGUGUGAAGUCGGGUCUUAACCAGAUGUUGAACUUCAUAGGAGUGCCUCCUAAGUUAUUACAGGUGUGAACGUGCCUGUCUAUGGGGGGGUAAGAGUGAUAGCUUGUUGGGGUGGGUGUACAGUUUCGAGAAGAAAUUAUUUAUUGGGGAACUGUUUUCUACUCAACUCCUUUAUGGGAUCUAUUAACAGAGAAGGCACUAUAGACAGACAGACAGACAGACAGAUUUUAAAUUGUGUUCAGGAUUUGAACUCAUCAUAUUCCUUCGAGCUAGAGUGUGUGGUACAGUGGCCAGACUGUAUCACAAAGACAAAUCCUCUCACUGUGAGAACACUCAGAAGACAUGUCAAAUGCAUAAUAAAAAAUCUAAAAGUUU